UUGCUACAGGGAGCACGUAUGUUAUUUUUGUGUGUAAUUUUAACGGUUUGUUGACAAUAGUUGAAUAAACUUACUGUACGCGAUAAAGUUUAACUGAAGAAGGAGUAGUGUUCUGUAUAUGUAGUUUUGUUUAGUUCUUAGCCAUGACGAGCCAACCAGAAGUCGGAGUCCCCGACUUCGUUCUGUUGGACAAUUUGACUACGGACAAAUUUAUCGAAAAUCUGCAACUGAGGUUUCAAAACAACAAAAUCUACACGUACAUCGGCGAGGUGCUGGUCUCCGUGAACCCGUACAAGAGCCUGGACAUCUAUGGCGCCCAGCACAUGGCGCAGUAUAGGGGCAGGGAGAUGUUCGAAGUGCCCCCACACGUGUACGCCGUGGCUGAUGCCUGCCAGAGGGUGUUGAGGCAGCAGGGGAGGGACACAUGCGUUCUCAUAUCAGGGGAAUCAGGAGCUGGUAAAACGGAAGCCUCGAAGUUUAUCAUGAAGUACAUCGCAGCGAACACCACACAAGUACACAGGGAAUAUAUUGACAGAGUGAAGAACGUAUUAAUCCAGUCAAACUCGAUACUCGAGACAUUCGGUAACGCGAAGACGAACAGAAACGACAAUUCGUCAAGAUUUGGCAAAUAUAUGGAUAUAAACUUCGACUACAAGGGCGAUCCAGUCGGUGGCCACAUAAGUAAUUAUUUACUAGAGAAGAGCAGAGUCGUCAGCCUCCAGCCUGGGGAGAGAAACUUUCAUGCAUUUUAUCAGUUGCUAAGCACAAAUAACCAGCACACAAAGAAGUUCGGGCUCAAUUCGAGUUCAGCGUACAAGAUACUGGGCAGCGAGCGCACCACCGCACAGGACUCAAAGCUCUACUCCGUUACGAAUAGCGCAUUUAAUGCCCUGGGCUUUCCACCCGCUGUUGUUGACGACAUUUGGAGCAUCGUUUCGGGUAUUAUUUUAUUGGGCGAGUUAACCUUCAGCGAGUCACCAGACGGUCAGCUUCUAUUGGGCGGGCCACUCGCAGCAUGCGUACGCGCACUCGGAGUCAGCGAAACUGCGCUACGCACUGCGCUUGCGGCACGAGUGUUGGCGGCUGGUGGGGAGCUUGUUAGCAAGGACCAUUCGCUUAUUGACGCUAAUUAUACGAGAUUGGCGUUGGCGAAGGCGGCCUAUGAUAGACUGUUCACCUGGAUUGUGCAGCAGAUAAACAAAAAAAUCGAGCCGCCCGCGAACUCAUGGGGCGGUUCGCUCAUCGGCGUACUCGACAUCUACGGCUUCGAGAUAUUCGACUGCAACAGUUUCGAGCAGUUCUGCAUCAACUACUGUAAUGAGAAGCUGCAGCAACUAUUCAUUGAGCUCGUGCUAAAGCAGGAACAAGAGGAGUACGCUCGGGAGGGCAUCCAAUGGACUCCCAUACAGUACUUCAACAAUCGAGUUAUCUGUGAGCUGGUGGAGGCCCCCCACACCGGUAUUAUUGCUAUCAUGGAUGAGGCCUGCUUGAAUCCUACUAAGAUAUCGGACCCGCAGCUGCUAGAAGCGCUGGACGCGCGGCUGCGUGGCCACAAACACUACAUCUCGCGACAACUAGCGCCAGCUGAUAAGCAGUUGAGGCACCAGAAGGACUUCCGUAUCACGCACUACGCAGGUGACGUCACAUAUUCGAUAGAGGGCUUCAUGGACAAGAACAAGGACUCGUUGUGGCAGGACCUCAAAAGACUGUUACAUUCCUCCACCGUCGCCUCGCUCAAAGACAUGUGGCCGGAGGGCGCUACUAACAUUCAAAAGACAUCAAAGCGACCUCCAUCAGCGGCGUCUCUAUUCCGCAGCUCGAUGUGCGCGCUGGUGGCGGGGCUGCACAGCAAGGAGCCGUUCUACGUGCGCUGCGUCAAGCCCAACGCGCUGCAGGCGCCCAACGCCUGGCACGAGCAGCUCGUGCGUCAUCAAGUAGCCUAUCUCGGUCUAGUAGAGAACGUGCGUGUACGGCGUGCCGGGUUCGCUUCCCGGCAGAGGUACGAUCGCUUCCUCAAGCGAUACAAGAUGCUCUCCCAGUACACGUGGCCCAACUUCAGGGGGGCCAGUGAUAAGGAUGCUGUUAUGGUGCUGUUGAGAGAUCUGCAGAUUACCGAUGUUCAGUUUGGACAUACUAAAUUGUUUAUUAGGAGCGCCAAAACGAUCCACGGGCUCGAAACGGCUCGAGCAGAGUUAAUACCAUCUAUCGUGGUACUUCUGCAAAAGUUAUGGCGGGGAGCUCUAGCCAGACAGCGGUACAGGAAGAUGAAGGCUGCUCUCGUUAUAUAUAAUGCUUGGAAACGCUACCGCUUCCGUCGCUACAUCGCCGAACUCCAAGUGGAAUUGAACCGCAACCGCGGCAUCAUGAAGCAGUGGCCCCCCUCCCCCCGGGGGGUCGCCGUGCCGCUGCUCCAAGCAGCCUACCGCCGCUGGAGAGCGUACCUGGUGCUGAAGCCGGUGCCGCGGGAGCAGUGGCAGCAGCUCAAACUGAAGAUAUGUGCGGCGAGUGCGCUGAAGGGGAGGAGAGGGCAGUGGGGGGCGGGGAGACAGUGGCUGGGAGAUUAUCUGGCUAACCCCCAGUAUAAUGAUAAGGCUGCGCUGUACAAAACCUCCCUCACCGCCCUCCAACGCUCACAAUCGCUCGGCAACGCAGUGUUCUCGUGCCGAGUGCACAAGUUCAACCGACACAACAAGCUCGCCGCCCGGUGUCUGCUGAUCACGAAUAAUGCUAUUUGUAAAUUGGACGCGAAUACGUUUAAAUUGUUGAAGAAGCCAACGCCGAUUGCUGAGGUGGGAGCGGUGCGUGUGAUGAGCAGCGACGCCCAACUGGCGGUGAUCAGCGUGCCGUCCGCCAACAACGACCUGGUGGUGGGGCUGGUGGCCGCCGGGCCCGCCGCGCCGGACUUGCUCGGCGAGCUGCUCGGCGUGCUCGCGCACCGGUACACCAAGUUAACCGGGCGCGACCUUAUAGUAGAAGUGGAAAGCGGUGCGACAACCCGUUGCACUUUAGGCGGGAAACAUCGAGCGUUACAACUCCCAGCGCCAUCCCCAACGCACUCAGCCAAUCCGAGCGCGCCCUUCACGCAUGCGCACAACGUGAUCACAUACCAUCCUGCCUCCGCGAGGGCUUAGAAAUGUUUUAUAGGCAGAUAUAAGUAACAAGAAUAACAAAAAUCCCGACUAUUUUAUGUAGCCAAUGUUGCUACCACAAUUCUGAUCAUAAUAAUUCAAAAUACCUUUGGUUUUUGGUUUGGCCUGUGAGGCGUGUCAAAGACAAAAAUACCGACCGAAUUGAGAACUUCCUCAUUUUUUUUGAAGUCGGUUAAUUAUACACACAUAAAAAAAACUUAACGUAGACAACGAAAGUAUGACGUCAUUGCUGCAUUUAAAAAACAAAUGCUGCUGAUGAUAAUGCGAAUACUUUGAUGAUAGUUUCCGUGCCGACCUUAUAUAAUCCUAGAUGCUCAUGAUUUAAAAGUAUGAAACUUAUUGUAGUAAAAAUAGUUUCCGUUGUCCUUCAGAUUUUGUUAGUUAAACCAGAGAAUCCAAUUUAGGUUCCUUAGAUCAUACGCUUUGCCUGAUUACGUGCAAAUGUCCCAGGCACAGAUUACAGGCUAGAUAGAAAUUAGUGCUUUUAUUUAUAUACUAUUUUUUGUAAGAUAAUGUGCAUUUGAUAGUUUUUUGACCUUGAAAUUUAAACUAGUGCCUAAAUUUAUUGCGUUGUUCAAAAAUGUGAACUAAAAAUUACAAUUGUCUUUC